AAAUGCACUAUUUGACUUUCUCCCCUCAGACGGCGCACAUAAACAAACCCGCGUUACAACUCCACACUUUGCAAAGCACCCAUCAGCACUGACACACUCAGCGGGAGCGGACGCAGACAACACACACUCCUCACACCCGGGAGUUUUUAAUUUUUUAAUGUUCUCUUUAAUUUUCUCUACUUUGUGUACUUUUGAGAAAAAGUACGAAGGAGAAGAAGAAGAAACUUUUUGUCGCCGAUGCAUCCUGAUCCUCCGCUAAAAUACUUUUUUUGAAAUAUAUUUUUUUUUCUCGCCUUCACUUCCACUUUUGGUGAUUAUUCUGGAUGGGAAUAGGAUACUUCAUACGAGGUUAUUACCACAUGUAAAGACGGAACCGCUACAGCAAACCAGCACAGGUUCGGAAGAGCGCGCCCAGCCGAGCUCGGAGCCCCGGCGAUCGGACACUUCUUCCUUUGCGACGCCCGCCGAGUCCUCCCCGCUCCAGGAGCCCUGUCCCGGCCGCAGCGACGCCACCCCUCCAUCCCGGACACUCAGCACCAUUCAGCGCGAAGCUCUUUCACCAGAUCUAUGGCAUUCUGACAAUGAACACGCGCGCUCAGUUAUUGGAACAGCUGCAGUUUGUCCAGUUGAAAUGCACACCUCGAGACAUGCCCUGUGUGCAGGCUCAGUACGGGCCCGCCCCUCCAGGCUCAACCUACUCUGGCCAGUCCUUUAGUUACCAGGGCGACAGCUACAGCUCUGACCUCAUGACCCCCGACUACACCAAGCUGGACCUGGGUGGUGGCGAGAUCUCCGCCGCCGCCACCACCUCCCUCCCGAGCUUCAACGUCUUCGUGGAGGGGAGCUACGAGCCCAAGUCCUCCUGCCUCUACCAGAUGCCCACACACAGGCCCAUCAAGAAGGAGGAGGAGAGCUACCCGACUGCUCCGCCACUGGAGGCCAUGUCCUCCUCCACCAUGUACUUUAAACAGUCUCCCCCUUCCACCCCGACCACCCCGUCCCUGCCGCCCCAGCCUGGCACCUCCUUCCUGUGGGAGGAGCACCCCCUGGCCCCUCCAUCGCACGCCCACUCUCUGGGCUCCGGCCUUGACACGGGCCCCCUCAAGUCGCCCCGCUUUCCGCACUUCUACCAGCACUCGCCGCCCCACAGUGGCGGCAGCGUCGGCGGUUACGAGAGUCUGGGCGGAGGACUGGUGCGCACCUCCUCCUCUUCCUCCUCCUCCUCAUCCUCGGUCUCCCAUCCUCACGGUCCACCUCUGGAGCAGCCCAUGUACCAGCUGCACCGCGGGGCUGGGGGCAGCAGCCUUGCCUUCCGCUCCCUGGCUCUUGGGCCCUGUGGCCCCCUACUAGGAGACAGCCUGCCAUCGCCUCCACCACGUGGCCCCCAAGGAGAGGGCACCUGUGCGGUGUGUGGGGACAACGCGGCCUGCCAGCAUUACGGCGUACGCACCUGUGAGGGCUGCAAGGGCUUCUUCAAGCGCACCGUGCAGAAAAACGCCAAGUAUGUGUGUCUGGCCAGUAAGAACUGUCCUGUGGACAAGAGGAGACGCAACCGCUGCCAGUACUGCCGCUUUCAGAAGUGUCUGAGUGUUGGCAUGGUGAAGGAAGUGGUACGCACUGACAGCUUGAAGGGGCGCCGAGGCCGUCUGCCUUCCAAACCAAAGAGCCCCCUGCAGACGGAAGCAUCUCCUCCCUCUCCACCCCUCAGCUUGCUCUCCGCUCUGCUCAGGGCUUAUUCCCACUGCACGCCCCGUGACCUCAACUACAGUCAGUUCAGCGCUGCUGAAACUCCCUCCUCCUCGUCAGACGCAGAGCACAUCCAGCUCUUCUACAGGCUGCUCACCAUCUCGAUGGAGACCACACGGUGCUGGGCUGACCGGCUGCCCGGCUUCUCCGAGCUUCAGCGUGAAGAUCAGAACCUGCUCAUAGACUCUGCCUUCCUGGAGCUGUUUGUCCUGCGAUUGGCUCACAGGUCGAUGCUGUCAGAGGAUAAACUAGUGUUCUGCAACGGCUUGGUGCUGCACAGGUUCCAGUGCCUUCGUGGGUUCGGAGAGUGGCUGGACUCCAUCCGGGACUUCUCCACCCACCUCCAGAGCCUAAACCUGGACGCCUCUGCCUUCGCCUGCCUGGCCGCCCUCGUGCUGCUCACAGAGCAAGUCCCAGGUCUGAAGGACUCAAAGCGGGUGGAGGAGCUGCAGAAUAAAGUGAUUUGUUGUCUCAGAGACCACCUGGGUUGCGGCCCUUCUUCCUCCUCGUCCAAGGCGGCGCCCCCCCUGAGUCGCAUUCUGGGUUUAAGGGCAGAGCUCCGUUCCCAGAGGACCCAGGGCCUUCAACGGAUCUUCUACCUGAAGCUGGAGGACCUGGUACCGCCCCCUCCGUUGAUUGACAGGUUCCUGGACACUCUGCCCUACUGACAGCCCGGGGCUGACCACACAGAGAGAAACAAAAACCCACGUCACGUCCUGUUCAGGCCUUUCCCCCCAGGAGCACGCACACAUCCAGAGAUGGACUCACUCCCCUCUGACUGAUGCAGAGCAGAGAGAGCCAACGCUUUUUCACACAACAGGACGACCAAUCAAGAACGCCUUUCACUCAAACGGACAACCAACUUUUCACCAGUGUAAAAGACAAUUACUCAAACGCUUUACCACUUUUUAUUCGAUCCUCCUGUUUUUCUCACGUGGGGGAGGAUGACGAGGCUGAGAUGGACGACGGACAAAUGACUUUUUACUGUCCUCUCUCCGCCUGGGUGGGAGGCAGCUCAUCCAGCAAAGAAAGAGAGAAGGUUUAUGAGUACUGUUUAUCUGUGUUUCGGCCUGACUCGUCCAGGAUGAGGACUUCUUUUAGAGAGACGGGGUGGUGUCGCUGUGUUUGAAUGUUUUCAGAGCUGAAGAUGCCCCAGUGAAACACAACACGCUGUAGUUCCUCCUGUUGAGAGAAGGAAGGGGGCGUUUUCAUACUGAUAUGUACUGAAAUGUCAGAGGUCAGACAGCGUGAGUUUAGUAAACACGCAGACACAUCACAAAGCAGGACACAGGUAUUUCAUAAACACAUGGAAGAGGCUGUUGAUUUGGGCUCUUGAUUCCAAGUGCAAUUUCUUAAGUGCUAUCUCACCAGAAAAGCAGGCGGCGGAGAAGGAACGGUUUAAUUUCAAACUCUAAAUUAUUUUAAUGCAAAGACUUGUCCUGUACUGUCAGUAGCUAAAAGAAAGAGAGACAGUCUCCGCCUGGCUUUAGACAGCAGAGGAGAUACUGUGCACUAACGAUUGAUGACUGAGUCACCCAGACUUGAACUUGCUCUAGUAUGUUUUUUUUUUUAUUAACUCAUUUUGAAAUCAUAGGUCGAGUAGGAGUACGGAGGAAUGAACAUGGACAGAAAUUGGCUUUUGAAGCACUUAUACCCUGAAAAAGGGCUAGAAGCACAGACACACACCCUACCUGCUCCCUCAGGAGGACGGCGUGGACUCGGGGGAGAGGAGGGUGCUCGACAGAUAGCUGUACGUCCAGGGGUGAAACAUUCCGCAGUCAUGCUCUUUUUCUAUUUGUUUCUAUUGUGGAGGCCGUGUGAGAGCGUGGAGGACAUGGUUGCAUACCGUCUUUGUGUGUACGCUUAGAGAAGCCAGGAUCAUAUGCAUGGUGUGUUAUAAGCCGUCAAGAGCUGCCAUAGCCUGUCAAAAACAGCUCGACCUGUGUUUGUGUCUCAGACUGCGGCUCUGCGGGGAUCUCCCCGGGCCUCCACCACCCACUCACACUCACGGCAGCAGUUUGAAAUAUGAAAAAAAAAAAAAAAAUCAAAUUAUAUAGAUAUAAAUAUAAAUAUAUAUAAAUAUAUAUAUAUAUAUAUAAAACUAAUAUUUUGAAGUGUUUUUAGCUUUUUCAAAUAUUGUGGUACGAGUUGUGCAUUGUUUUUUGAAGAAGAGAAACAAAAAAGAAAAAAAGUUGCUGUUUUUUCAAUGUCCCUCUUUGGUUUGAGUUUCCUGUUCGAUAUUUUUUUUUUUCUUUCUCUUUGGUUCACUGGAUUUUCUGUUCAGCACUUUGAAAUCAUAAACUAGUUCUGAUUAUUCUGCC